AGUUCAUAUUGGCUUUCACAUGACACACAGUUAAGAUACACCCACAGUGACGGCACCUUUAUGGCUGCUGAAGAUCUUCACUUUCCUCAGUUUAUGGGUGAAAAUGAUCAGGAACAACAUGACAUCCCUCACUAAGCAGUCCUCCAUCACGCCUGCUGGAAAGAAGUCAACUCCUUCCUCCACAGCCAUCAGAAUGGUUUUAAUAGGGAAGACAGGAAGUGGUAAAAGCUCCACUGCCAGCUCCAUCCUGGGCCGGAAGGUCUUAGACCUGAAGCUCAGCAAUCCCUCCAUCAGCCAGCGCUGCCACAGGGCCAAUGGAGAAUUUCGUGGGCGACAGCUGCUGAUUCUUGACACACCUGGUGUACUGGACACUCAUCAGACUCUGCAGGAUGUGCAGCGGGAGCUGAGGAGGAGCGUCAGCCUCCUCUUCCCCGGACCACAUGCUUUCCUGAUUGUUAUCCAGAUCGGAAGGUUCACUCAGGAAGAGAAGGAGGCGGUGCGACACAUCAGGGAGGCAAUGGGCCCCCAUGCCUUGAGCUUCUCAGUGGUGGUUUUUACUCACGGAGACCGACUGGAAGAGGGCGCAUCCGUGAAACAUUGCCUGAUAGACCAGUGUAGAGACCUGGCCGAGCUGGUGGCUGGAUGCGAGGGAAGGUACUGUGUCUUCAAUAACCAGAACCUUAACAACAAGGAGCAGGUCUCUGAGCUGAUUGCUUUGGUGGAAGGCAUGAUGCAGGAUCACGGGGAGAGCUACUACAACAGCAGAAUGCUUCAGAAAGCAGAGGAAGAUCUGGCACAUCGGCUGGAAGAGCAGAGUAAGCUGCUCGCUGAAAAGAAUGAGCUGCAGAGACAGAAGCAGGACAAUACGGUGAAGGAGUGGUAUGAAAAAGAGUUAGAGAAAAGCAAGAGGGAAAUGGAGGAGCUGAGGAAAAAACUGGAGCUGGAGAAAGAGAAGGAGGAGAAACGGGUGGAAGAUCGGGAGAAGGCCAUAAGGCAGGAGAUUGAGAAGAAGACGCAAGAGGUCCUGAGACUGACAGAUAUGGAGAAGAAGAAAAGAGAAGCUAUUCAGGACAGGCUCGAUAAAGUUAGCCGAAUGUUGGAGGAGCAGGUUAAGCGAGAGGAGAAGAUGAGACGAUCCAUGGAGGAGAAGAUCCAGAAGGACAGCGCAGAAAAUGAGAGGAAAGAGAGGGAGUGGCAGCUUCAGCUCAUCCGAAUGGAGCAGGCCCUCAGGCAGAGAGAGGAGAUGGAGAAGGACACUCUGCAGGGAGAGCUGGACAAACUCUGCCAGAGGCUAGAAGAGCUGACCAAGAAGGAGGAGGAGAGAAAGAGGCAAAUGCAGGAUGUUCUCAGGCGGGAGCGGGAGGAGACUCAAAGGGAACUGGACCUGCAGAUGGAGCACCUGCGGGCAGAAAAACGCAAAACUGAGGCCUUCAAACGGGAGCUGAAGUUCCUGAAGAUCAAAAUCGAGCAGCAGAAAGAGUGCGAAGAACGUUUGAAAAAACUCCUAGAUGAGAACCUGCUGAAAGAGAGGGAAAACUGUGACAAGCAAAUCUCCUCGCUGAAGAGGCUGUGUGGCCAAAAGUGCGCCGAGAUACUCGAGAAGAGAGCUGCGCAGCCCCCUAACAGAGCAAGAGGUGUGGUCGGAUAUGUGCAGGAAAUGGGACUGCUAGGUCUGAACGCAGCUCUGGAGAAAGUCGGAACUCCAUGCAGCAUUCAGUGACGAGUCAAAACUAUAUUCCUGAUAUUCCUGCUUUCAUGUCCUGUUUGCUUUGAUGAUAAAACACAUCUGUACAGGAGACCAAAAUGAAAUACUUCGUGCAAGUCCAAGUUCAGACAAAUGGAUAGACGAGUCUUUGAAAAUCUAUUUUCUAUUGUUUUGUCCCAGAUUCUCAGUUACAAUCGUAUCUUAAAUUUUAUUCUAACAUGCUUUAACCUAACUACUUAAUUAACAGGCCUGCAACCUGUUAAUCUGUUAGGAUUAACCAACAUUUUUAUGAUAUACACUCCAACCAGCUUCCUUUUCUCAGCUGAAGAAAAGACAAAGGUUCCCACAACAUGAUGCUUCCACGUCCAUGUUUCAUUGCAGAGAUUGCAAGUUAUUCUGGAUGCUAUUGAUUGUAUUUUAAGGAAUCCUAAUAAAGGGGUUGAGUAUAAA